AUGGAGCAAGACAAGGCACAGACAGACAUGGUGGAGCAAUGGGUGCCAAAUGAAAUCCAUCAAGCUGAGGUGGUCAAAGGUGAUUCACCGGUUGUGAGGUCCGAAGUUGAUGACCUGAGCGUAUGGCAAAGCAUUCGGCAAUAUAAAGUCAUCGGGAUGGUUGCUAUGACUGCAGCCUUUAGCGCAUCUAUGGACGGUUAUCAAAUCAACCUCAACGGAGGUAUUACGUCCAAUAAAGGUUUUAUUCGGCAGUUCGCAAGCCCCGGAACAACGAUAAUUUCGGGGACGUACAUCUCUGCUUGGGGUGGAAUCCAGUCAGCGGGUCAAACCGUCGGUCAAAUUUUUCUUCAAUACGCCACGGAGGGAUUUGGCCGCAAGCCUGCGCUUUACAUUAUCUGGGUUACAAUUGUUGUGAGCAUCUUCAUUGAGUCCUUUGCAACAAAAUGGCAGCACUGGCUGGUAGCAAAGCUAUUCUCUGGCAUGGGAGUUGGGAUGCUACAAUCCACAAUGCCGUUGUACUUGUCCGAGAUUGCUCCAACUCAACUCCGGGGUUUCUUUAUUAAUGCAUACUCGCUAUGGUUUGUUUUAGGUCAGCUAUUUGGUUCUGUGGCUCUCAACGGACUUAACGACACAAAACCCUAUGAUUUCAGAACACCCAUUUAUACCCAGUGGGCGAUGGUAGGGGUGAUAGCCAUUAUAUUUGUCCUCCUACCGGAAAGCCCAUGGUGGCUCGUUAGCAAAGGCAAAUCAGAUAAAGCAGCCAAAGUGUUGAACAGAUACAAUAACAGAGUUCGCGGUUAUAAUGUUCAGGAGCAAAUUAAUAUCAUGACGGCAACCAUCAACGAAGAGCGUCGUGCUGCGGAGAGAAACUCAGAGAUUGGCAGAUGGGCUAUCUUCCGUGGACGCAACUUGUUGCGCUUUAUUAUUGCAGGGUGGCCCAAGGUCACUCAGCAGUUCGUGGGACUGACAGUAUUCAACACCUACGCCACCUACUUCUUUCAAUAUGCCGGGUUCAAUGACCCUUUUAUCGUGACGGUGAUCCUAUCCUGUGUUCAGCUUAUCUCCAUGGUUGCUGUUGCGGUGAGCACCGAUCAAUUCGGUCGACGGCCCCUUACAGUCUAUCCAUACGCAGUAACUGCUCUUUCGCUUUUGGCUCUGGGAAUUGUUGGCUGUUUUGACUACACGAAACAAUCUUUAAGCUCUCUCCUGGUAUUCUUUACUUGUCUGGCUACAUUUUCCACUACAGGAGCUUCGGCCAUUGGCUAUGCGUACGCUGCCGAAAUUCCUCAACAGCGUCUACGUGCACAAACGGCGGGUUGGUCCCUGGCUUUUUCAAAUCUUGUCGCCAUUAUGUUUAAUUUCUGCACGCCACUCAUGAUCAACGGGACUGUUACACGAUGGGGAGUGAAAACAGGCUUUUUCUUUGCGGCUUCAGGGGCUAUCUCUGUUACCAUUGCUUGGCUCAUACUUCCGGAGGUCACACGUAGAACGCCCGGUGAAAUCGAUGAGCUGUUCGAGAAGAAAGUAAACUUGCGCAAGUUCAAAGAUUACGUGACGGACGUGCAGUUACGCGCGUAUGAGCAAAACGAGAUGCUUUCUCGAGCUGAAGCCUAG